AUGGCUGAUUUGGUUCAAAGACUAUCCAAGAAAAGGAACGUGGAAAAGGAAAAGGAAAAAGAUAUGGAAAAGGGUCAAAAACACAUUGAUCAACUUAGCAACCUACUAGACUCCAUUAUUUGCCACAUCCUUUCCUUUCUCCCCACCAAAUUGUCAGUUGCCACCAGUACCUUGUCAAAGCGAUGGAAGCAUUUAUGGACUGCUGUUCCCGUCCUCUCCUUCAGUUCAGCUGAAUUCAUUGGUACAUUGGGCAGCUUUGUGGAUUCUAUAGGUAAGUUUUUAACCAACUGUCAAGCUCAAAAUGUGUACCAGUUUACCAUAGACUUUAAACCUUUCUUGGAAGUGGAUGAAGAGCAUCUGGGUACAUGGGUUGCUGCUGCAGUAGAAAGGAAUGUUCAAGAGCUGAAACUCAGCCUCAAUUUUUCACAUAACACUCAAUCUCUCAAGCUGAUUGUUCUUGAGGACUUGGUUGUUGAGAGGAUUUUGGAUAAUGGGAUUCUUGAUAUGGUCAUCAAUGUUGCUUCAUUGAAGAGACUGAAUCUGAAGAAUUAUGAAGCUAAUGAUCACGGUAUACUGAUCAGCGCUCCGCUCUUGGAAAGGAUAGAGCUGUCGCAGAAGAAUUUUAAUGUUUUGAAUUUUCAGAUCGAUUCUUCCAGCUUGGUGGAAGCAAUCAUAGAUAUCCAUGUAACAUGUGAGCCCAUUGAAGAGUUCGCUAAUCUUGAAUUUCUGUCUUUAUCAGAAUAUGCCUUAUAUGGUAUGGCGUUUCAUGAGUUCCAUAAUCUGGUAUGCCUGGAAACUACAACAAGCUGUGCAAAUUGGGAUGAUCUGGAAGAGUUGCUUCACGGCUCAAACAAUCUCAAGACUGUGGUAUAUCACAUUGAAGUACCAAUACUCCACAGGGGUCACAACUGUGAUAAGUCAUUUUCGAAGACUGUUCCGGUGUGUGUGUCUGCGAGUUUGAAGGCCCUUAAACUGACGGGAUUCAUCAAUCAAAACUGUAACUGGACAUUCAUUCAAUAUAUGCUGAAGAACGCUAAAUUCUUGGAGGAAGUGAAGAUCAGGACUUCCUCGAUGUUGAAGAAACGACGCAGCCAUAUUAGAAACAUGUUGAACUGCCCUAGGGCCUCAACAGAAUGCCAGAUUCGUUUUUUCUUGGACUUGACAAGCGAAGAAUAUCGGUUCCGAUUGAAGUUCUCUGCAUUCUGGUUUUGUAAAUGUAGUUGCUUGUGA